GUCUGUCUGUCUGUCUGUCUGUCUGUCUGCCAGUCAGGAUAUGUAAAUGACCAAUGGUCAUCCAGGCUCCUCAGGACUGAAUGGAAAUGAAGCAGUGAGGUUUCUGUGUUUGAUUAGACAGAGUGCAGCUGAUGACCUGGUGGGGCUUGAUUGCCCUGCACUGAAUCUUCAUCUGCUUUAACUGUGCUGCACAUCUGUUAUUGGUAUAAGACAGGCCUGUCCAGAGUCCAAUUGAGGAAGCAAUUCUUGGUUUAUGAUACAGUCGAGAACAGUGAGUCCAACAGUAAAAUGGAGGUUCUGACAGAGAGAGAGAAGAGACAUGGUGUUAUUUUCAUUUAUGGAUUUGAGCUGACAACAUGUGACAACAUCUGUUUGACGCAUCGAUGCAAAUGCUAACACUUGAACUUGGUAAUGUGGCGGGAAAAACCAGCCACUGGUGACAAAAGUAGACAAUUAGUUUGCGUCAUCUCUGUGUGAUUGACACGUCCUCCAGAGUUACGGCGACAGACGUGCAGAUGGAAUGUAGGCUGAAAAGGCCUACAUGUGUUGACUGACUGAGAUUUGUUCUUUAAGCUCUGUAAGAAAACCACGCACAGAUCAUUGUUGCAGCUGUAGUUGCCAGGUGAAGCUUCACACAUAUGUGAAUGUUUUGCAGAAGAUGAAAACAAGCAAAAAGAUUGUGUUAUGGAAGACAAAAGAACAGAAACUGCUGGAUGUUUUUUUCCCACCAGAAUAUUUUAAUUUUUUACAUUAGGAGUUCAGAGAUUUUCAGAUUUCAUGGAACUAAAGUGAUGACUUUCAUUUUCACCAGAGAAUCACGGCUGAUUUCUCAGGGGCGUGAAGCAUGAGGAAAAAAUGUGUGCAACAAAUCUGUUUGUUUCCCUCAAGCAACUUGUCUCCCCCACUCUCUCCCCCUCUCCUACUGAGCAAUAAUGGCUGAUGGUAAUCACAUUUAAUGAGAUGAUGAGGUCGACUGCAGGGUGCACCAUUGCAAAUUGUUCUCAGCAUGGGGUCUGAAGUGGGAUAGGGUAGGGGCCAGCAGGGCAGCCGAGGUCGGGGCCAGGACCCACAGUAGCUUCAGCUGUCAGUCAGUGGGCAGUGAAACAUGUCAUGCAUUUGUCUGCUUUUGUCCACACUUGUUUGUCUGGAGUAGAUAACCACAGAGGAGCUGCUUGUUUUGGCUCCAUUGUGUGAAGCUGUCGUCAGUCCCCUCACUGUCCCCUCGCUGUCCCCUCACUGUCCCAUCUCUCGCUUUCUCCCUGCUCCACGAAUGGUCAUUUUGCCACUAUCUUGCAGCCGUGGGGGGUAAUUUAGUUAAUCCAUUAACAACUAAUUGUCCCCUCCUACCCUGCUGCUUUAACAAACAACCUGAUGGUUGGCUAAGGGGGGCCCAGACCCCACUAACCUAUAAAGCUCUGACUGGAAGAGGAGGCAGCCACACGCACUUUAGGACAUUUACUGGAAGAUCAGUGGUUUCUGCUUUGCUCAUGUUCUGACUCACAGACGUUUUUACUUGAGAGUUAUUUGUCCUUCUUUGCGUCUGUUUGUUUUCGUUGGAAAUGUUGGGGAAUUUGAGGAUGCUCUGUUUGUGCUUAUGCUGCAUCUCCUGGGCCGAAGGCCGUAUAUGGGCCUGGAUGCUGAACAUGCCCCACAGCCCCCCCAAAGAAGGAGCCAAAGCACAAAGAGAAAGUACCCAAGUCUCCAAAGCAGCCACGGCUGUGUGUGACCAUGACAGGGCAUGUGGGCGUGGUUUCUCCUGUGACCGGCAUUUUGGUCUGUGUGUGCCCCUACGGGGGGAGGGCCAGUACUGUCGGAGAGACGCCCAGUGCGUCCGUGGCCUCAGUUGUAUGUUUGGGAAGUGCCAUCGCAGCGUUCCCAACGGUCAGGAAGGUGCCAGGUGUAAAGUGGACAGGGAUUGUGGUGCGUCCAUGUGCUGCGCUCGACACCACGGUGAGCAGGUGUGUAAGAGACGUCUGGUGCGUGGGGAGAGCUGCUUUGUGCCCGAUGGCGGCCUGGCGUUCAGCAUCAACCAGAUAUGUCCGUGUGACGAGGGGCUGCUGUGUCGGGACAACAGUCCACAUCACAGAAGAGAGAGAGCUUUCAUCUAUCAUCCAGAACAAAUGAGUUGGACAUGUCAAGUUCCAAAACCCUGAUUCGUCCUCAGUCCUGAACUUAUUUAUUGCUAUGUAAAUAUUGUAGAUACAGAAAUGUAAAUAUGCUGUAUUAUCAACAAUGUUUUAUACGAGUUUUGUACAUUCUGACCAAAGCACUAAUGCAGCUUAAUGAAAUAAGCUUGGUUUCAUUUAGUAUUUUUUCUUCAUGGAUUUGUUUUUCAUUUUAUGAUCUUUAUCCAUCUCCACUUUAUGAAAUAAAGACUUC